UGUCAUGUUGUUUCGUGUUUUCGGUUGUUGUUUGAAUUUUCAUUGAAUUUUGGUUCUUUAAAAGUUAAUUUCCGAAAAGAAAAUGCCACCGAACAUAGCUUCCGCGAUUAUAAAACUUGGCCAGCAGAAGAAGAAUGACGAGUUGAAGGAAAUCUUGGAGCGGAUUCCGACCAAGGAGUUAACGGAUCUGGUAACGUCCAACAUCGCUACGACCGAUGGCUUCACGUUGUGGCACUUUAUUCUGCUGGGGUUGGCCCACUCCAGUAAAUCCAAGGAAAAACGGUUCCAAGUCACGUUGGCCGUGUUGAACCAGCUGAACAAAACGGAACUCAGCACCAAGGUGGUAUUCGAUAUUGUAUCCCGACUGGUGCUGGAUUUGCCCAAGUUCAGUUCGGAACAGUUGGUUGAGAUUAUGGAGUACUGUGUGGAAUCGAUCCGGGGUGGGGAUCCCAAGUGUAUGGGAUGGAAGGACUUGUUUCCGGAGGUUUUGAAACUGCUGAACGAGCAGGUCGGCAAGUUCAGUGCGAAUGGGUUCAUUAUGACCGGUAGCGAGUACCGGAAGAAGGUGCUGGACGAUCUGUUCAAGAUGAAGAUACAGAAUUCAAUUAUGACUUCGUUUACGGGUAUGUUUCGUGAGGUACAGUUAAGCAAGGACGAAACAACGCUGGCGGUGGGGAAGAUUUGUGAUGCCCUUCGGGGGUUCGAGCCAUUGGAGAUUCCGGCGUUAGCGUUCCAGUUGUUUCAUGUUUGCUUGAAGUACAGCAGCUUGUUGGUGCUGCCGAUCUACGCACUGCAGAAGUACUUUCACAAGCACUACUACAAGAAGAUGCUAUCCAACGAUGGAGGAGAUAGCACUGAUUUUGAUAGCAUUGAACCUGUCUCGGAUAAGGAGAUCCGCGAAGCGGAGGAAACAGUACUCUACCACCUUUCCAAUGUGACCGAGUUCCGUUUGGACGAAAUUCAGGUGGUGGCAAUGUUCAAGCCAUUCCAGAAUUUGCCGGAGUUUCUGCUAACGCCGUUUGUAAUCAGCGCACUAAUCGCAAUGAGCAAGAUCAACCGCAUGCCGGACACGAUGAAGGUUGUGGCUUCUCAGGUGAUGUCAUUCGUGACCAAACUGGUUGCCGAGAACGAGAACGAGAAGGAUCUCUGUCAGCAUUCCGCAUGGUGCCGAGGACGAAUCGAGUCCACUUCCAUCCCGGACGUGGAGCGAAUGCUGGCAAUUUUGGCCGAACACAGUCAGGAGGGUAUGGAAGUGGUAACACCGGGCGUUAUUCACUUAGCUUUUGCGUUGCUGAUUACGAAGAAGCAGUCCAAGCUGCAUAUGAUUGCCAUAGCGUUUCUGCAGCAUUUUGUCAAAAAGCGGUUCAUCUUCGGCAGUGGAAUAGUUGGGAAGCUGAAGCAGUAUCUGUUCGCCGAGUUGGAGUCGAUACAAUUUUCGGAGUGUUUGAUAACGUUGAGCCUGACCAGUGCCUUGACCCUGUCGGAGUGCACAAGUUCGAUCAAUUAUAUUCUGGAAUACCUGCUGCUGAUCGAUGGCAUUCACGCGAUGCGCAUCACAACGUUCCUUUUCCCGUUGAUUCGGAUCUCGCACACCAUUCGGGAUGCCUUCAUUGAGGUCCUUCGGAAAGCCAUGUACCACAGUGAAGUCCACACGCGGAUGAUGGGUGUGUUCGGGUUUUGCGCUCUGCUGAAGCAACUCAAAAACAACAACUCCCGACGUGCGGUUCUCGGAGGGUCUGCCGGUAAUCUGACCCAGCUGUCGAUUUCGGGAAUGUCGCUGCUGUCUCAGUCUACGCUUGGCCGUGCGGACAAUCCGGAUGUGCAUUUUGAUAUGUUGACGCUGGAGAUUUUGGGAAUCCUGAGACGAUGCUUUACACAAACGGUCGAGAUUCGGGAGCUGCUGUACGAGAGCCUCGGGCGAGCAGUGGAAUUCAACAGCAAGCUGCUUCCCCACGUGCUGCAGUUUAUCGAUUGGCACUUCAGUAGCUAUUUCAGCGAAUCACUGGAAGGCACACUGAAAGUCGACUUUGAAAAAUGCGUCCGUUACAAGAACGAUGCUGGCGAGGAUAUGACCGGAGACCAUCAACAGCAGUUGGAAAUUUACGAUAACGUUGGAAAGUUGACGGCCUUUAUGGUUCACUGCGUGGUUAUUUGCGAUCAACAAGUCAUUACCCAUGACAACGAUGGAGCUAGGAAGUUGUUGCAGGACAUAGUUCAGCAGAUUGAGAAAGUUUCGCUGGAUAGUCUUGGGAUAAUUGGGACUUUGGAUCCAAAAACAUGCGUCAUGGGUUGUCACUAUAUGAACACAAUCGAAGCUGCUAUGGCGUACUGCAUAUGGUGUACGAAGCCGGACAAUACCUAUCUACGAGAUUUGCUGAAACUUUUCAAGCAUCACCAAACUUGUUUCGACAAAAUGAAGAAAAUGGAGCCCAAGAAGGGAGCGAGGAAGGGCAAUAACGAAACGAUAGCAUCUACCGCAGCCGCAGGAGGAUCCACUAAAGGUGUGCCAUUCAAGCCGGAGAAUCUUUGGGACAUCGCCACGAUCGAACGGUUGCUGAAAAUUGUGUUAGACGACUCAACCUCGUACGCAGCGGAACAGGACCUGGAAAGUGUACGAUCGAAUCGUGAUUUUACGCAAUUUGUCCUCAAGAUAUCCGCCGAGAAGCUGGAAGCCCUUCGCAGCUCGCCAGAGUAUUGGCAAAUCAAGCACAGCAAACGCAUCUUCAACCACCUAUGUGAGUGCGGGAAGAUCAUCUUCGAACGUGCUGUGAAGAAAACCAACGAACUGUGCGGCAACGGCAACACUCAAGUCGCAUUGAACGCCGGAGAAGCCUUCCGACAGGCACUGUUGACGACGCUCGCUGUCUACGAGAGAAAGUUUACCGAGUUCCUGCGAAUGAUCAGCUGCACUUUGGGAACAACGUUCCGGUCGGAUCUACUCAAAGCCUUGCACGAGAUCGCCGACAAGUACUUUGAGGACGGAGCGGAAUCUGAACCGGCAGGGGAGAAAACCGUUUGCAAUCUAUUCCUGUGCCUCGAGAUUCUGUAUCAGUCUAAUGCGCUCGAGGAUGAUCACCUGAAUAUGGCCUACACGUGGUUGCAGAAUUUCUGUACGAACCACAAAAUAAAACUGAAACCGCUGGGUCUGGUUCAUAGGAUACUUUUCGAGCUGAGAAUGCGAACUCAGACGGGAGCCUAUUUCGAUACGGUUGCGAUGCUGAUUGAACGCAAGUUCGGUCAAAUCGAGGAGGAUGAACUAGCACCGAAUUUUACGUUGAAAUCGAUCAGCUCGAUGACGGUGGAGUCGGCACUGAUUGCUCUGUGCAAUGUUUCGAAGCAGCAGUUGGAUGAUGUGGAUCACUUCGUCCUGAGAACCAACAGCGUCCUGGGAAGGUUGAAAAUUUACGGCCAUGGAGAGAAUGAUGAAUAUCUUCACCAGCUGAAAUCCAUCGAGCGAUCGAUGUGUUCCCAGCUGGUUCACAUCAUGUCGGUGGUCACACACCUGGCCAAUACUCAGCUACCUCUAGGGACAUGCAUGGAUUCGUUGCUAAAAUUGCUUAUCAACGUGUACGGAUGCCUGACUAACUUAACCAAACACUUCCUGAAUCGCCACCCUGUGGCCGCAGUUUCCCACGAUUCAACCAAAUUCAAUUUGGUGAUCAAAUCAUCCAAGCCGUUGGCGGUUCGGAUCUACAACCUGUUCCCAUUCAUCGAAGAGAAUAUCCUCGGGCAAAGGGAAGAACCGGACGAUGACAGUGACGCCGAAGAGAAACAGAAAGCCAAGAAUGCCCAAAAUGCCAAACGAAAUCGAGAGAAAGUCCUCCGACAGACGAAACUCAUUCCCAAGCUGGUGUUUCGCAUCGAAACGUUCAACAAGUUUGUCAUGUUACUCAGCAAAAAGACGAAGAAAGAUCUGACCUACCUGUUGCACAUGGGUACGGUGCGUGAUUUCCGCAUCAAGGAACCGGCACUGGUCGAGGCAAUCAAGAAGGUCUGUGACGGACGGCCAGGUGAGAUGAGCUCGGAAUUUGGAGACUUGGCCGAUUUGGACGUCCAGGACGAGGAUGACGACAUGUCAUGGUUAAGACCGACGGAAUCAUCCCUGUUGGGAGGAGCUUCACUGGGGCCUGAGGCAACUCAACUCGACGAGCAGGAAUCGAAUACGGAGAUUUCGAAUGUGGGUGACGAAAAUCUUGCGCUGAAACACUUGGCUAUACUGAACGAAAGAAGCAAACGCAAGUGCAAGAAGAAGCGGACAAACACGGAUGGUGGCGGUGAAUCGGAGACUACAUCCGAGCGGGAAGAGCUUUCGAACGGUAAGAAGAGAAAGAUUACGAAGAAGAAGGCCGUAUCACCCAAAAUCAACAAGAGGGCCCUGGAGACGAUGAACCAGGCUGCGUCGGUUGCCGUAACGACGUCCAAAACGCUGGGUCCGAUUCGACGUACUUCGCGGGGUCUCACGAAGAAGAGUUAAUUGGAUUGGGUGUUGAGAGUUAUGGA